UUACAGUACAGGCAAUACUUUCAGGAAAGGAUCUCCAACCUAUCUCGACAUAAAACCAUUGAAGUUCAUUUGAAGAGCUUCAUCUACACCUUUUACUCCUGCAUGUGAAUUUAAUUUCUACAUUUUUUUUUUAUCCUCAAUCGCGAUGCGAUUCUUGGAAUACGUUUCAAGCGUGACCUCGGUAACCGCGAUCUUGACCUUCGCGACAGUAUCUGCCGUUGGCAUUCCUCCACCACCACUGUUCGACAAAGAAGAAUUGCCGGGCCUCGGAAAAGUGGGUGGGACGUCAUUUGACGAUACCCAGCCCUACGAUGACACGGAUCUAGGGCUAGAUGAAGAUCAUCACACAGCAGACGAAAGUCUUCCGCGUCACGUGGGCGAGACGCAAGUAGAAACUCCUCCACGAGGCUCGGAUUUCCCGCCUUCAGUGCCAUUGUUUGGCGUCGACUGCUUCACGUGUUCUUCGCGACUCGAGUGCAUUUUGGGCGGCAGUCCGCAAUUUUGCAACGGAGGAAUUGCUUGUUACACAUCCUACGUUUCCCCCCACCGACAAAUCAUAGAACGUCAGGGAUGCACAUUCGAUAACGACAAGUUUACAGAAAAAUGCGGGAGUGAUGACCCAACGAGUGCAGCAAGCACGUACUCGUGCUACUGCAAAGGGGCAGCAACGAAUCCAGCUAAGCAGAACUCCAAUUAUACAGGUGGCACGCCGAACUGCAACCGACGCGCUGUCAAAUACGUUCACGGAGGAUUUGCAAUAAAGAAAAACUGCGCCGACAGGAUUGACCUCGCAGACGGCGAGUGCAAAAUCGAAGAGAACACGGAUAAUUUCCGUUGCUAUUGCAAAGGCGGCUUCUGCAAUCAAUUCAAUGCCGUCUCCGACUCCAGUUCUUAUUUACUUUUCACGAAUUCAUUAUUGCUGUUCGUCGUACUAACUCUAGCUUUCGUGGAGUGAGAUUUUCUUGAGUGAAAUUCCGACAUGCGCUUCAUCGAAAAAUCUUGCGAUUACAGCGUUACACAUUUGAAUGAUUUCUGCCAUCUGAUACAGACAAAUCUUAAGUUGUUUAUUGCUCGUGGGAAUGGAAUUAUUCCAGGUAAUUUGCGGUAAAAAUAAAAAAAGGGUUUUCCAUGA